GAGCAGACAGGUAUCGGCAAACUGCUAGUGUGGGUGGCUGGGACAGCAACUAGUCGGAUCAUUUCAUCCCAGUGGAUUACAGCGGCAAAAUGAGCUCGAGUAAACCGAAAAACAAAAGCGAGAAUAAAACGGAGAAGCAAUUGGCUGCGGAAAAAGAACAGUUUGGAAAACUACAGCUCCACAGCAUCAGUAAAAGCAUCACCUCCAGUGAGACACCGCUAAAGGAGAAAUAUGCACGCAACAUCAUCAUGGGGACCCAUAAGGAGGGCGGAGCCACAACGUUCUGGUCGUUCAUCAUCAACCUGCCGCUCUCCUCCGACGCCAUCAUCAGCUGGAAGUUCUGCUACAUGCUGCACAAAGUCCUCCGGGACGGACACCAUAACGCUGUGAGAGACUCUCAUAGAUACAGCAGGAACGUCAAAGACAUGGGCGUACUCUGGGGGAACUUGCAUGAUAGGUACGGCCAUAUUGUGGCCCUUUCUGCCAAGUUCCUGUCCCUCAAAAUGGAGUUCCAUGUGAAGCACAAGGUUAUUCCAGGUAACCUGGAGGCCACAGAUGAGACGGUGGAGAGAGAGGCAGGAACUGAUGUCAACAAAAUAUUUGAUAUGACUCAUGAGCUGUUAGAUUACCUGGACGCUGCUCUGAAAAUGUCAGAGACAGUUUGGCGGCAGCUGGAUGCCAACGCGGGCAAGUCCACCACUCCGGCCGGACAGUGUCGUCUGGGACCUCUAAUUCCUGUUAUACUGGACUGCAGCUGGCUCUACCACUUCUCUGUCAAACUACUGUUCAAACUGCACAGCUGUGUAUCAGCUGACUCUCUUCUCGGACACCGGGAGAGAUUCCGUGAUCUGUUCAACAGCCUUACUAAGUUAUUUGAUCGAGCCAGAGAGACUGAGUUCUUCAAAAAGGUUAUCCAGAUUCCUGACCUGCCAGAUUCUCCUCCGAACUUCCUGCGUGCCUCUGCGCUGGCGGAGUACGUGCGGCCGGUGGUGGUGAUGCCCAAUGAGGAGCCUUAUGAAGAAGUCGAGGACAACAGCCAAGCGCCCCAGAUGCCACAACAACCGUACAACAUGUUAAGUCAGCUGGGAGCUCCUGAUGCCGGAUUUGAUCAAAGAAGAUCUCCGUCUCCGGCUCUGAUGGAGGCAGAGACUCUGAGGAAGGAGCUGGAGGUCAUCAAACCAGAGCUGCAGCUCCUCAAAACAGAGGCUCAGAGGUGUGUGACCCAGCUGAAGUCUCAGGUGAACAGGCUGGAAGCAGAGCUGGAGGACCAGAGGACCCAUAAGCAGAUGGCUCUGGUGGACAAUGAACACCUGCGCAUGGAGGUAGGGGCCUUAAGACAGGCCACCGCCGCCCUACCAGGGGUACAGGCUGGAUACCAGGAGGCUGAUGGUCGAGCCCAGGCAGCUGAGCUGCGUUUCUCUCAGCUCAAAGAGAGACACGCUGAACUGGUCACCAGCCACGCUGAUCUACUGAAGAAGAAUGCAGAGACAGUCAGGUUCCUGUCCAGCACCCAGCAGAACCAGGAGGAAUUGGCCACGGCCAAACAGCAGCUGGCCAGUGAGGUGGACCACCUUCGACAGGAGAAUAGACUCAAGCUGGAGCAGCAGAAGCAGGAGAUAGAUCGGCUGAACAGAGAGCUGUUGGAGCAGAGAGCGGCGUUAGGUGAAGUCCACAGUGCCCUGGACAACAAAGAGAUGGCUGGUUCCCAAAUGACUGGUGCUCUGCAGGGUCUCCAGCGAGAGAGGGAGGAACUGCUGCGCUGUUUGAGGGAGAAAGAGGGUGAAGUGUCCUCCCUACAGCAGCAGGCUCAGCUCCAUCACAGCUCCAUGGAGCAGGACAGGGACAGAUCAGCCAGAGAGAUAGCCAGCCUGAGGCAACAGCUUCAGCAACAGCUGGCUAUAAACGCGGAGCAGAGACUGGAGAUUGACAGACUGAAGCGAGAGCUGGAGCAGAGUCGAGCGGAGGUGUCACGCGCUAACAAUGCCCUGCAGAGCAAAGAGAUGACUGGUUCUCAGAUGAACAGUGCCCUGAUGGGUCUCCAGACCGAGAGGGAGGGGCUGCUGCGCUCUGUGAGGGAGAAAGAUGCUGAGCUGUCCUCUUUAAGGCAGCAGGCGCAGUUCCAACACACCUCUCUGGAGCAGGACAAUGACAGGACAUCCAGAGAGAUGGCCAGUCUGAGGCAACAACUACAGCAACAGGCAUCUCGUGAGGGUGAGCUGACCAGGAAGCUGCAGGAGGAACAGUUCUGUCUGCUCCAGUGUGCCGUGGUGGAGGCUGAAGGCAUCAUACUGGACGCUGUGUCCAAACUGGACGACCCCAUACACGUACGCUGCACCUGCUCUCCAGAUUACCUGGUGAACCGGGCUGAGAUCACCCUGGGUUCUUUAGACAAGAUGCAGCAGAGUCACGUGGUCUACCUGGGAAAUAUGGACGAUGCCAGUGGUCUUCUGAGGGCUGUGACACAGUUCUCCCAUCUGGCUUCUGACACCAUCGUCAACGGAGGAGCUACAGCACACAGUGCUCCUACUGACCAGGCCGACCGUCUGACUGACAGUUGUAGAGAAGCUUCCACCCACUGUCUGCAGUUCCUACACGAGCUGAAGUCCAGAGCCACGUUACAGAGAGCCGACCCUACUUCGAUACGCUAUGUAAUGCGACGUAUACUCACUAUGGGACAGGAUCUGCGUCUUCAAGGGCAGGAUGUUCUAAAAGAGGAGCUGGGGGAAAUGGUGGAUAAAGAGAUGACUGCUACCUCUACUGCAAUAGAGGAGGCUGUACUCCGCAUGGACGAGAUCCUGAACCAGGCCAGGAGAGACACGUCUGGGGUCAAACUGGAGGUCAACCAGAGCAUCCUUGGCUCCUGUUCAGACCUAAUGAAGGCCAUCCACAUGCUGGUGACCGCUGCCACUGACCUGCAGAAAGAUAUUGUUGAAAGCGGCAGAGGGGCAGCAUCAGUGACAGAGUUCUAUGCUAAGAACUCCUGUUGGACUGAAGGACUCAUCUCUGCCUCCAAGUCAGUGGGCUGGGGCGCCACUCAGAUGUUAGACUCGGCUGACAAGGUGGUAACUAGCGGGGGUAAAUACGAGGAGCUCAUCGUCUGUUCUCAUGAGAUCGCUGCUAGUACCGCCCAGCUGGUCGCUGCCUCCAAGGUGAAGGCGGACCGCAACAGCAAGAAGCUGUCAACGCUGCAGCAGGCCUCGAGGCACGUCAACGACAUGGCUGCCAUAGUGGUGACCUCCACCAAUCACGGACAGAGGCAGAUCACUGAGAGAGAACCCAUGGACUUCUCAGGCAUCUCCCUGAUCAAAGUGAAGACUCAAGAGAUUGAGUCUCAGGUGAAGGUGUUGGAGCUAGAGAAUCAGCUGGAACAGGAGAGAGUUCGUCUGGGAGAGCUGAGGAAGAAACACUACCAGCUGUCUGGGACUGGUACACCCCACGGGGGGGAGGUGGAGGGGGGGUGAUGGGGAUGACGGGGAAGACAGCUUCCCACCCCCUCCCCCUCCAAACCUCUUACCACCCUCCACCCUGCUGCCCCAGCCCUACCUAAACACACAGCCCUUCUCAGAGACACAACCCGACUCACAACUAUCAGCUCAGUCCUACUCACCACCCAAGUCCUACUCACACACUCAACCCUAUUCACAAACAAAGCCUUACUCUGAACCUGAAUCCUACUCACUGCCUGCAACGCAAUCCUACUCACCACCCCAAUCUUACUCAUCAUCUCAAACCCAAUCUUACUUACCUCCUCAGUCCUACUCAUCAUCCCAAACCCAAUCUUACUUACCACCUCAAUCGUAUUCUCAAACCCAAUCCUACUCACAUCCCCAAACAUACUCUCAAAGCCAGCCAUAUGUAAACACCAAUCCCUUCUCCCAACCCCUGCCUCUGUCCCAGCCUCUGUCCCAGCCUCUCUCCCAGCCCGAGACCCUUCCCCUUCCAAAUAACUCAGUAGAACUCGCCAAGCCAACCCACACUUCAAAGAAACCUUCCAUCUUCCAGAAAACAGGAACCCUGUUUAGUAAGGUAAGAAUCAGUAUUACCUGCUGUCGUAUUGAUCAUCCUCGUCACAGGCAUUAAGGUAAUAGGUAUACGAACAGAACAAGGGCCUAAGGAUAGAAGUGAUUGUAUUGGAGCCAGGUCGACUUCCCAUAAGGAUUGAAUUGUGAUGUCAUUGGUGAUCUGUUUUUCCUCUGUUGCAGUUCCGAAGAGGUGAGGCUGGAACAGAGGAAUCCAGAAUCCGGAAUGUUAGAAUCCUAAAUCCAGAAUGAGAAGAUUCUACCUGUCUGCGUACCUUAUCAUGCGUACUACUGUAUAUGUACUUUAUUCAGGUGCAGUGAUUGAAGAACAACCUUUUUCAAGAUAGCAACUUUAUUGUAAUAUUUAAUAUUUUUUAAUGUCUUGAUACACUAUUUGAUUACAAAAAAAAAACAUCUGGGUAAAUAACGGUUUAUAAUAUUAUUAUUACUAACAUUAUUACUUCUUUUAAGAAUGUGAAUUAUCUUUCUAUUUGAAAAAGCAGUCAUCUCUUGCUGACCACUGCAGUGCUUGUAGGAAGAAUUGUGUCUAAACCAACAUCCCAAUGCUUUGUCCAAAUGCCUUAAAAAUACUUGUUUAUGCAACAUGGUAAACAACCAAUCAACGUACACCCGCCUAGUUGUCUUUACAUAGUAUCUCUUAUGUGAGUAUACUUACUUUACAUAGAUGUGGAUAUUUGUAACAUGUAUUGAGAUAAACAGGCAUUUUAAAUGAAUAUAUACCUUUCCAUUUGUCCUGAAGUAUAGAUUUAGUCUUUGUGAUUGACAGGAGAGAUGAUCAAUGGGGCUUUAUUGCGACUGGGAUUGGGCUGAAGUAUGGAUAGAGCGUGUCAGCAAAGUUGCAGCCCAUGUAAAAGUAGAUAUGGCGUCGAGUUACCAGAUCACAAAACCACACCCGGCCUUGUUCGUAGUCUAUAUAUACCCCGACCUUCGAGGGUCUGUGGGUCAAGGAGAGAGGAACAGGAAAGUCACCAAGAGCUUCGUAUUUGCGCCAGUCUCUCAGCCAUGUUUCCCAGUAUCCAUUCUCAGGGUUUAGUAGCACACUACCCUUCCUGUUGAUGGACUCUGUGGCCACUCCUAACGUCCAGUCAGUCUUCCCCCUCACCGUCACCUCCCCGAGGAGAAUCCCUCCUUUUCCAGAAACACUGAUGGACAGGUCAGAUCUUCCUGAGUAGUCUGGACCUCCCUUAUCUCACCUCAUUUGCUCACAUUGUAUAUAGACUUUUUUUCUACUGUAUCAUUGACUGUAUGUCUGUUUUACUCCAUGUGUAACUCUGUGUUGUUUUAUGUGUUGAACUGCUUUGCUUUAUCUUGGCCAGGUUGCAAUUGUAAAUGAGAACUUGUUCUCAACUUGCCUACCUGGUUAAAUAAAGGUGAAAUAAAAUUCUAUCUUUGCUCUC